AUGCUGUCACCGCCUAAAUUUAUAGAGCAGGGCUUGUUUGGGAUCGCUGUUUCCCCCCCGGUGUGGGUCAACCCCCCUUCCCCUCCUUCCCCUCCACCCGCACUGCCAUCCCUGACGCGCAUAGCAAGCAUCCCAGGGUCUACUGGAGGUGAGCCCGUGCUGAACCUCAGGGGGAGGUGUCAUGUUUCGGCCUUCUGUCCCACUCGUGGCUGCGUCUCAAAGGGCUCUUUGAUGAGCCUUUCAUCGUGCACCUUACCGCCAAGAGCCACACCUGGCAGAGAAUGGAGUGCCCCUUCUGUCACGACACCUGCCCUCCACCCUCAGCUGCGGCUCACAGACACGCAGUCCAGCCGCCCAGUGCAAGUCUUUGACCAGUCUUGUCCAUCAGUCAAUGUGGGGCAGCUCUUCACCGCAACCUCUCUCCACAUAAUAAGACUAUAUGUUUUGAAGAAGCAUACAAGAGACACAACACACAGGCUUGACUAUGACAACCACCACCUCUCCUCCAGCUCCUGUCAGUGGCCCUAA